AUGGCGGCACAUAAUCGACUUAAAUUUAAUAUUAAAUUGCCAACAAUACUCACGAAUAUAACAAAUGUUUAUGAACUCCAGCAGUUCAACAACGAACGGAGAAGAGAAAAGAUUUUUUAUGCCUUGAUUGAAUUAUUCGGAAAUAUAAAUCGCGAUAUGUUCACAGCAUGGUCGAACGUGUCUGCUAAAUAUCCUACUGGACUAUAA